UUCAAAUCUUUCUCAUUUCUUUUUCUUUUUCUUGUGUCAAAUCUCUAUUUAUGAUUAGUACUGGUAAUAGUUUUUGAUUCCCUUUUCUUGUUCAGUUGUUGGCUGUACCGUUGAAGAUGAUUUAAGUUUAUUUUCUUGAGUUAAAUUCAUUUCUUUAUAUUAGAGGAAUGGAGAUUAGGAGAUUGAUUGAUUAAAAUUACUUAUUGUAAAAUUUUGGAGGUUGGAAAGGAAGAAGGAGUAGUUUGGUUUAGAAAAAAAAAAUUCGCACAUAAAGGUGCCUGACAAAAUGAUUGUUAGUAAAGUGAAAUUGAAGAGGAUGAGAUUAGUAUUAGCUAUAUAAUUAAUGCCCAUGAGUAUUGGAUGAAAUUCCUACUAGGAGAACUUUGUUGAUUCUUCAUUUUUUGAAAAUUUCAUUGAUCCUGAAUUUUUAUAGGGAUGUUGUCAUUAUGACAUUAAUAAUGUGAUUAUUUGAAUUCUUGAAAAUGGAUAGUUUGUUGAAAUAUAUAUAUAUAUAUAUAUAUAUUUAAUUGGAUGCUAGAGUUUUUAUGAAUGGAUUGGAAAUGAUGUAUAUUUGGUGGUUUGAUAAAAUGUUAAUGAUGAAAAAAAAAUUUGUGUAAAGCUUCAGUUCUAAAGUUUGAAAUUUACUAGAGUUUAAUUUUGUUAAGGAUGAUGUUAAAAAGGAACUAUUGUAUUGUUUGAAGGUUUAAUAAAAAUCUUAAUAUGAUAUAUAAGGUAUUUGGAAAAUGAGUUUGAUUGAAGCUGCAAGAGGUGAAAUUUUAUCUCUUGAGAAUUUCAGGUAAGUAAAUAGCGUUCCAACUAAUUUUUUUUAAUCAAAAUUUCAUUUACUAAAAUAUUAUAUUUUUCUAAAAAUCAUUUUAUAGCAUUAAUGCGAUUAUUGCAUAUUUGUUGAUUAACAUUACUUUAUUUUGAGAAAUUAGCUUUACCAAAUUUGAAAUAUUAUUUGAUCAAUUAAAUCAAGUUUGAACUUUGAUUGAGAGAUUUUUAUUCUAUUAAAUAUUGGAUAGAUAUAGAGAAUGAUUCAUGUGAAUUCGAAGUUGAAAAUUUUUUUUAUUCAAUAAAUGCAAGCAUGAGCAUUGGAUAUGAAAUUUGAUUCUGGCAAGUUCUAAAACUUAAAAGUAUUCAUGCGAGUUUGAUUUUGAGAAUGAGAACUGUAUUUUGAAAGUGAUGAUUUUCUCGCAUGUCUGAAAAUAAUUUUAAAAAGAGACUUUAUAUAGAACACUGGUUGCUAAUGGCAGUUCCGUUAGCCCUUGGCGCGUCAUGGUACACCUAGCUAGCAUGGUGCUUAUAGGAGGUGCUAACCCCGUGCGAUGGCCAACGCAUGUGGAAUGGAAGGAUGGUUAUUCAUGGGCUUUGUACCCGUGUUUGUUUUGUGGCUUCAAGCUGCGUUUGGUUAGAAUUAUCUUCGUGGACUGUGUGUCCAUGUUUGUUUCAUGGCUUCGGCUACGUUUGGUUACAUAUGUCCAUGUUUGUUUUCGUGGCAUAAGCCACGUUUGGUUAGUUACCCUCAUGGACUGUGUGUCCAUGUUUGUAAAUUAUUCUGAUAAGUCUCAAUAAUUAUGAACUUAAUCAUUUGAUGAUUUCAUAUUCUAUUGGUUUUUAGUUAGUAAUUUGUUUACAAAUAUUUAUUUCAUUUAUGUGCUUUCUUAAAGUCAAGUGAAAUUAUCAUUUACUAUGAUAGUUUAAUGAUUUGAGAUUUUAUUUAAAAUUUUAUAGAGCCAUUUUAUUAUGAAGUUUAUUAAAUUUUUAUAGAAAUUGUUGUCUCUUUAACUUACAUAACUAUUCCAAACUUUUCAUUUUAUUUAUUGUUGGGACGUUAUUCACUAAAAAAUUAUUUUUGUCUCAGAUGCCUUAGUUGACGUUGAUCUUGCUAUCAACCUUGAGCAUUUAUAGACAGCCUGAUGGACCCCAUGGCAUGGGUGACAUAGCAUUAAUGGCAACGAAGCUUGAGAAUGGUAAUCAUGAGCAUGGUGACAUAGAAGGAGCCCAAUACUUCCAAUCCAACGUACCUAAAGACCCAUUACAACAUAUUGGAGGUCCAAUGACAAGAGUCCGAACUAAAGCCAUGAAGCAAGCCUUAUUCAGUCUUGUGCAAGAAGUUCAAGAGCUUAGAGAGCAUUGGAGCACUCCUCUCAAGCCCAAAGGAGAGUAUCUAUACGUGUAUAAUGUAUUUAAGAUCCAAACUCAUGAAAAGUCAAGCCCAAGAGAUGCAGACCUUAGCCCAAUGCAAGGAAGACUACAAGUUGAGCCUCUUGCAAGCAAGGAGGCAUGAAACCCUAGUGAAGAAGUCAAAGGUGGCGUAAUUUUAAAUCCUUUAUGAUCCCUUGAUUGUCUCCUAACUUAUUUCCUAUUUUAAUGAUCCUUUGAUUUGAUUUUCUAUUUUGAAUCUAGUCAAAAGUUAGAAUUAAUUAUAGUAUUAAUUUCUAAAUUUUAUAUUCCCAUAAUUUUAGGAUUACAUCUCCUAAAUUAUGUGGCUGAAUAUUCUAUCAUUAUUUUAUAUUAUUUCUCCUUUUAGUAUUAGGAAAUUAGGGUUUUAAUUUUAGGAAAUAUUCUUUUCUACGAGUCUAUAUAAAUUAGGCAUGCUCUCUAUUGUAAACAACACAAAAGUUGAAUGAAAUUAUUCAUUUUAGAGUUUAUAACUCUUGUGAGCCUUAGUGCUUUAUGGUGGCUUCCCGUGUGAGAAACAGACGUGAUCAAGAGUGUGAUCAACUCUUGUGGUGUUUUCGCAGGUUGAGGUUCUUAGAGGCAGGUGCUCUAGAGGAUCUUCUAAUUGAUCAUUAUCCUAUUAUUUACUUCAUAUCUUUCUUUAUUUCCAUCAUAAAUUUCAUCCUUUUCUUUUUGUUCUUGUGUUUUUGUUGUUUCAGGGUUCUAUCCCUAAACUGGCAUGAUUCUGCUUCCGCGUCCCCUAUCAAAUUAGUAUCAGAGCUUUGGUUGCUAGUUUUGGUUUAAAUUCUUGUCCUCCUUUCUUCUUUUUCAUCUUGAGUUAUUUCUUUUUGUGAUUAUCUCUUAUCUACCCCAUCUACUUCUAUCUUUUGGUUUUUUUCUUCUUCAUCUUUGUGACUUUUUAUCUUAUGUGAGUUUUCAUUUUAUUAGCCUUCUCAAAAAAAGAGAAAAAAAAUAUCUAGAAAUUCGUGCAAAAAAAAGGCAAAAAAAAGUGUUAGUGUGUUGAGAAAAAAAAAAAGAGAGAAAAAAAUCCGAAAAUUCAAAAAAAAAUUAACAAAAAAAAUAUUGCUGUGAGUUAUAACUGUAGAAAAAAGCUAUUCUUGAACUUCAAGUCACCAAGAGGUUUCCUAAAGAGAAAAGUCAACUUGGUGAUAAGAAAGUCUUAUACGUUGAUCACUUUCUUAUUUUUAAUUUUUGGUAGCACUUUUCAAAUUCUCUACUCUCUUAUUUGCUAUUUGUGCUACUCUCUUAUGUUAUUUAGUUUUCUAUUUUUGUCUUUGAGUAUUUGACUCUUUGACUUUUAUUUCGUUCUUUCUUAUUUUUGUUGUCACAUGUGGUUUUUCCUUUCACAAGCUUAAUUUCUAUUUGUUUCAAAAUUACAAAAAAAAAAUCCUCUUUUCAUCUUGUGCUUGUUUUCUAGUUUCUUAAUUUAGAAGAUAUUCACUUGAUUGUUUCUUAGUUUCUUAAUUUGUGUUUGGUUUCACCAUUGGAUUCUAUCCACAAGCUUUGUGAGUGAUAAAAGGCAAGUAUGUUUUUCAUCAUUAAAAAAAAAGAGCCAUUAAUUUUUUUUUUGUAAAACACGAGUGACUUUAUUUAUCUUGAGAGUAAACACGUGAGUUUGCGUGUGUGAGGACCUAUUUUUAUCUUAUAUGGUUUCUAGUGCUUCUGUGAACAUGAGUAAUAAGAAUGAAUCCCCUAGUAUUGAUAUGAACUCUGUUUUAGAACUUAUCAAAACACAGUUACAGCAGUUUUGCUUGGAACUUGAUCAUAGGUUCCAUAAAGAGGAUAAAGAUGAGCCGGAGACUUCUUCUUCUAAAGAAAAGAAGCAUAAGAUCCCCAGCGAUAAUGAGGAGUAUGAAGAACCCCCUUCUCCUAAGGGAAAGAAAUCCUUAAAGCGUGGUGUUAACUUAUCGAACCAAAAAGUAAAGUAUCCUUCAUUCAAAAGUAGCAACAAUCCAGAAAAAUACCUUGAUUGGGAAAUGAAGAUAGACCAAAUCUUCAUGACUCUUGAUUUGUCUGAGUUAAGGAAGGUAAAAACUACUUCUUUAAAUUUCACUGACUAUACUAUUUAUUGGUGGCAAGAUUUGCAGUACAAAAGAAGCCAACUUGCGAAAAAACCCAUUAAAACAUGGGAGAAGCUUAAAAGGUACUUGAGAAAGGUUUAUGUCCCUAGCUACUACUACACAGAGCUGAAUAGAAAAUUGAGAAUGUUUUCUCAAGGAUCUAUGAUAGUAGAGGAGUAUGUGCACGAGUUGAAUAUCUUGAAGUUUUGUGCAAACAUUCAAGAAAAUGAAUGUGAAGCAAUGUCAAGAAUUAUGGAUGGUUUGAGGCUAGAGUUGAGAGAUAAGCUUGACUUGUACACUUUUGUGGACAAGGAAGAGCUCAUACACAAGGCUAUAAAGUUGGAGCAGAGAAAUAAGAACAAACGUUCCAAAUCCUCUUGGAAAGACUCCAAGACAACUUCCAAAUGGAAGGAUUCCUAAGCCAAAGAUACAUCCUAAGCCAAGGAAGAAAUAAAGACCAACUAUGAGGGUAAAACUUCUAAACCUAAACCUUCUUCUUAUUUAUCUAACACUUCUCCUAUUAAGUGUUUCAAAUGUCAUGGUGUGGGUCACAUGGCGAGAGAUUGUAACAAUAAAAGGGUUAUGACCUUGAGAGAUGAUGGUGGCUAUGAUAGUGUGCAUGAAAGUGAU